AUGUUUGCCCAGUACUCACCCCUCUUCACCUCCGGCCUCCUCUCCGAGAGCAACACCCCCUCUACCUCUCGCCGGCCUUCCGUCGAGAUCUGUUCCAAGGACGUUCGCGAAAGCCUCCCUGUCGAUGCCACCGUCGAGAGCCUCUACGAAACCCCAACCUCGGAGGAGGAUGGUAUCUUCCUCACUCUCGCUCCCCGCCGCCGCCGCGAAGCCGGCAACUCUUUCCUUUCCCUUGAUCUCGCCGAGAACCACUCACUGCGUUCCAUGAGCCUCAGGAGAAAGGACACCUUCACGUCGCGUGCGACGACCCAUUUCGGCCGCUCAGUUCCCACCUCUCCCACCACCGCCCCGGUUCCCAUGUCUCCGCCCAUACAGUUCGCCUCCUUCUCACAGCUCGGUCCCCGCAAAAGCCUCGUGCGCCAUUCGUCGCGUGAAGGCCUUCCCGGCGCGAAGCCGGUCCCUUCGUCGCAACCUCCCGCCGCUCCUCUGCGCAAGCGUCCGACAGACCUGUCGAUCACUUUAUCGACAUGUCUCUCGCCGCUCAUGAGCAGCGGGUCAUCAUCUUUGCACCGAUCUGCCUACUCGGAACCUGCUGUGCUGUCGCCCAUCUCUCCUCUCCUGUCGCCCAUUGAGCGGUCCUACUUCGCCUUCUCUCCGCCCACGUCCCCAUCUGCCAUGCAGACUUCGUUUACGUCGGCAGAGGCGCCCCAUUCUGCUCCCGCUGCUGUGCCUCUUCAGCCUCGACCUUCGAUGCGUUCUACGGUCUCUUUCAGGACACGCCAGGUCAACCGUUCAGCGGCCCUCGCAGCAUUGGAGGGCCGCGCGGAACGCAAGGCGCGUCGAGGAUCUCGUCCGAGUAACUUCAUGAGCAUGAGCGAUGAUGAGGACGACGUUGAUCUUGACGACAGCGAAGGCCCUUCGUCCGCGUCGAUGUCGAGCCCUGCGUCCGCCCCUGCCACUGCUUCCGUUCAACCUGCCCUCCUUGAGGUUCUACACGAAGAGGAGGAUGUUGUCGUUCCCUCGUCUAUGCCAGUGGCUCAGAAGCGGAUACCGUCGACCCCGAGUUCGAAGAGCCGGAGCCGACGAGGCACGCUCGAAAGCUUGCUUUCUCCCCUGGCGAACUUCAUCGACUUCGGGGACAACGAGGGGUCAACACGUAGCUGGCGCAGCUUCGUUGAGAUCUCGUGA